CAACUUCCGUGGCCCAGAGAUCGUUCGUCGAUUCUUGCAUCCACUCGCUCUAAACUUCGAGUCCACUCGUCGUCCUCGGCAGUGUGAGCGUAGUACAUUUUCAUUGUGCUAAUUGCACCUGCCUCCAAGCUGCACAUGCGUCUCAUUCUUGUUUCGACUAUAUACUUAAAUCAAUAACCGAAACCAUAGAAAACAGUUGAACGACGAGAAUGAUGACGCAAGUACAACAAGCGGCGUCCCAGCACUCGCAGUCCACCUCUGCAGCAUCGUCCACUAGUCAGGCUCCAGUGUCAGGUCGUGCUGCCACUUCUAGAACUGGGUGCGAUGAUGAUGAGUCCAAGAAACCACGAGCCCUCUGUUCAACGUCUUUCGAGCAAAUAAUGACCACGUCGGCAACUUCCGGAACUUGCUCUUGCAACAGUGCGAGCAGUGGUACUAGUGGUUCUGCUUCAUUCACUUCCAAUGCGACACCUACUUCUACUGCAACAUCUUCGUCCUCCCUCUUCACAGCCGCCUUGAACCUGUUCAACAUUGCACCAGCGAAUGAGAAUGGACGAGUUGAUGACCAUCUUCCACCAGAAAUGAACCAAGAAGCUCCUUCUCCAGCUACAACUGAAAACAAACCAGCCAAGAAGCGUCGAAUCAUCCGGCGCAUGAGACACACGGCAGCUGGGGCUGCUGCAUCUGCUUCUACUCAGGGCAAGGAAAUGAAAUUACCUUGUGGAAGCGAUGACGUUGACGACGGUGAAAAAGAUGCCCGCUGCGGAAUUAUGAAUCACGAAGAAGAGGACGCCAGCAAUUCUUCUACAACUGAACCCGUCGCAAUCGCAAUUGCCGAUGACGCGGGCGGAAAUAGCUUUGGUCGUCGCACUCUGCAACACUUCUCGAAGAUGAAAAACAAGAAGAAACGAUCUUCCCCGGUGGGUUCUUGCCGCGAUGCGGCUUUGGCGUUUCUGAUCGACGCGACAACCAGUCUAGAAGGUGCAGUUGCGGUACACCAAGACCGGAAGUGCGAGGAAGAGCAAGAUGAUGAUGGGACGAAAAGGACAAAAUCUUCUUCAUCUCCAUCUCCCUUGGUGACAGGUCACAGCGACACGAGCUGUGUGCUGGCGAUUUCGUGUCGAAAAGGAGCAGACAGUCUUUCUUUUCCCUCCUCUGCGAGAAGAACUAGAGCUACAGCUUCUUCUCCCAUUCCGGAUGGAAGUGUGGUCACCGUCACCGCUCCUGGAACAGAAAAUGACAAAAACAUCACGAAGAUGAAGAUCACUACUCUCCUAAAGAAUAACAAACCACCCCCCGCGCACAAGCUGCAGCGGCUGCCAGCGAUUCAGGAAGAGGAUGAGGACGAGCAGGAGGAAGAUCAUGAAACUGCGAUCAUAAACUGCUGUCCCGACGGCGAACAGGUGGCACAGGUUGCCGUGGUGCAGGGCUCCGCUGCACUGCACGCCUACGCCUCUGCGAAGGCAGACAGCACGGGUGGGAUCCUCAGCCUCGCCUGCAUCCCCGUCAUCGUGCCGUUUUCCAUGCCCUACGAGAACGUCAUCGACUUUUUUCCGCUGAACGAUCGGUAUUUUUUUCGAAGGAAAGUGUUGGAUUUUCAUUUUAGUAAUUUUUUCCGUUGAAAAUAAUGAUAUAUGCUGAGCUAGUUGACGAGCUUGUCUUGCGUCAUAUUUGUCACUUGGCUUGAUGUUGCACAAAAAUCAAAAGCUUCUAGGAUGAAUGCAAGAUGAGUGUCAGAAUCCUUGCUGCAACUGCAUAGAGCACUACAACAGAGUGCUGGCUAUUUUUAUGUUGAAGGAGGUUUCUACUGCUGGAUUUCAAUAGAAUUUUCCUGAAAUCGGAUCGAUCCCAGGGCGACGAAGUUCCAGAAGACUUUGAUCGUCCUGACUAUGACACAAGGCACGGUCUCCCUGGUCCAGCUCCUCCUGGGUGACUUGUUGGGCGGGUUUCUGGGCGGCGUGAUGGCGACGUGCGGAAGCUACGCCACCUCCCCUCAAGGUAUCGCGUGGCUGCCGACCUACACGGUGCUGUCUUUCCUCAACGGCUCCGUGGCGGCGCUCAGUCUGCUGGAAAAGGUAUGUCAACUAGAACUCCUCGGUGGAUGGUUCUCACGGGCGCCUCGUGUGAUGCUGGCAACCCCCUCUUUAGUUGUUCUGUUGUGAUUAAGUGCGUUCAUUUCAUGAGGUGGGUGUGUUUUCCUUUUCUUCAACAUCAUAUGAUUAAAUAAGGAGGCUCAUUCUUCGGGGGCUGUUGCUUCGGCCUCCUCGGUCUUGAUUUGAGUUGUCGUAAAUGAGUUUGAAGGAAAUCAAAAACUGCCAACGCACCACAGAUUGCCUUCUCGAAGUUUGCUUUUCUGUCCCUGACCAACCCCUUCGCCGUGAAUUUCGUGCACGCGGUAUGAAAGUGGAAAACCUGACUUCCCGUGCUGCCUGUCGGUGCCCCCCGUAGUUGUGGGGCAAUAAAUGCAAAAUCGAAAGAAUGCAAAUGCAUCUCUACUCGUGCAGCUGUUGUGGCUUUUUAUUCUUGGCAGUACGAACUGACAAGUUCUGCCCGCUGAAAAAUUGUCCUGCGCAGAACCUGACACAGUUUCUUUGUCUUGCUAGUAUUGUUUUUGGCGUUGUACUGACUAGUGAUGGAGUUCUUGAAAUGAGGGGGAGAUGCUUGUUAGGGUUGUUGUCGAGUUGUCCACUUUCAUCCGCGGUGGUGCUAGCAGCGCCGGUCUGCUCCUUCGCCGGCGUGUAUUACAGCCACCAGCUUUUGAAGGAAUUGCGGGCGAUAUACUAGCUAACUGUCCCCUCGCCCAAAGCCAAAAAUUGAAAGAAUUGUCUUGCAUGGACAGUACCACAUGAAACAUCAUCCGUUGAUCAUUUGCAAGACACGACAUAAUUUUUCGGUCGUUGAGAACACAGACCCUUAAUUCAGCAAGCCAGGUCCUAUCUUUCGUAUGCCUAUUUUGCAGGAGAUCGUCUUCGUUGGGAUUACGGAAAUCUUCUUUUUCGGCGUACUGAAAUAGUGCAACAUCUCGCAUGAUCACCAAUUGCCGAGCAGGGGGACAUUUGUAGUGCAUAGGGGAUGCACUCAGCCAGUGGGUCGCUCGUCGACACCAGUCUCGACAUAACGCAGCAGAACGCGGCUCUCGCAGGUGGAUUAGCUUCCUCCUCAACCCCCGGUGCUCUACCAGGAACGGAGAUGCACCGGUCCGCGGCCGCCCAGAAUCUCGUGCCCUUCUCCGGUCGGCCGCACACUAUUGUCUCCUCCUCCGGUGAGGACCAAUAAGGGACCGGGGAAGUGUAGUUGUAGUGAGAAGAGAAGCGAAGUACUUAGAACGAAAAAACAACAAUAAGCAGUCUCGUGAAGUAGAGCCUGACAAUGGGAACAAAAACGAAAACCACGACGCACAUAUAAUACACUAAGUUAGUAGCACCAGGCUUGUUGUCUUCUACUAGGGAAUUGUCGUUCGAUUGUCUCGAUGUACAGGUAUUCGUCGCAGGAUUGUUCUUUCCUGUUCCUGUAAAUUUUCUGUUACAGAUGAAUGAAAAAAUGAAAAAUUUCAUUGUCCGUAUCGUCUCCCCGCAUCAGAAUCUUGAGAACUUUCAAAAAGCCCAUCUAGCGCGACCACACUCCGUCUUGAUACAAAUUCGCAAGAACGUACGCCUACUCUAUUUCAGCUGUCAGUUGUUUCAUCGCCCGCGCAAUCCUUGUGCUUUUAUUUGAAGAGAUCAUUUAAGUACGGAAUACAGUUACAGAUAAAUCGAAAUCGGGCUUCCCGAGGGUCCGUCGAGUUCUUGUGCUCCGAUACUGUCCACCAAAAAGAAUCUCCGAACAGGAGCAAAUUCGAAUUUUAGCAUCCUGGUAAAGGUGAAAGUAGGUUUCACAGUCUCUUUUGCUUCGCGUUCUUUUUCCUUUUCGUUCGAGAUAUUUUUCGAAUUGGAAGAGAAUGAUGAAAGAUGUUUCUCCGAAGCAAAACGAAAACAGUUGCGAAAAAACGCCUUUGCUGCUAAGAAAU